GCCUUUGAACAGCCGCCUGCUCAUAAACCAGCAAGUUUAUAACUGUUCCAUUUUACAUGACUGAAGGUCGUGUCGUAGUCCGACAAUCUCCAACCAGCCGUGACACUGCGACAGUAACACUACCACGAGUGGGUUUCUUUGACGCAAUAAGGUCCAGCGUUUUCUGUGAUUUAAGAGAAUAUGUCGCUGUCUGGCUGGGUGUGUGUGGUCACAGGUGCCUCCAGAGGCAUCGGCAAGGGAAUAGCUCUCCAGCUGUCGGAGGCAGGAGCCACCGUUUACAUCACAGGACGGCAGGAGAAGACUCUGAAACAAACUGCUGCUCAGGUGAAGGAGAGGGGUGGGAACUGUGUGCCAGUUGUCUGUGAUUCUACCAAACCUGAAGACAUUGAAGAACUGUUUAAAAGGAUCCAACAGGACCAAAAUGGCAGGCUGGAUAUCCUAGUUAACAAUGCUUAUGCUGGAGUACAGAUUAUCAUGGAGAGCAUGGGAAAGAAGUUCUGGGAAAGUGAUCCAUCAAUGUGGGAUUGCAUCAACAACACAGGCCUGAGGGGCCAUUAUUUCUUCUCAGUCUAUGCAUCUCGACUGAUGGUGGCUCAAGGUCGAGGUUUGAUAGUCACCAUUUCAUCUAUGGGAGGGCUGCGGUAUUUGUUCAAUGUGCCAUACGGUGUUGGUAAAGCUGCUUGUGAUAGGCUAGCAGCAGACAUGGCUGUUGAUCUGAAAAGUAGAGGAGUGGCUUCUGUCAGCCUGUGGCCAGGAGCAGUACAAACCGAGCUAAUUUCCCAGUACGUACUGGAGGAUACACCACAAAAUAUAAAUUCUGAGAUAAAAGACGUAUUUGCCAGUGGAGAAACCCCAGAAGUGAGUGGGAAGUGUGUCGUCAACCUGGCAAAAGAUAAAAAUCUGAUGUCGCUGACUGGAAAAGUUCUCAUGACUUCUGACCUGGCAAGGCGCUAUGGGUUACGAGAUAUUGAUGGUCGAAGUGUAACUGAUUACACUUCCCUGAAAUUCCUCCUGACUAGGGUCCCUUAUCUCUCCUGGCUCUCCCCUGUUGUCCCCUCAUUCCUACGCCUGCCACGCUUUGUGCUCACUCUGGCAACUAACCGGUUCUAAGCAUUUCCUUCAUUAGUAUGGAAAUGGCUGUAUAACUCUAUACUCAUCUAUUCCUACAUUCCUACAGUGACAAUGUUAACGAGCAUAUUUUCUUUAUUAUGUGUACACUACCUUCAGCUGUGAGUGAAGCCUCUGUAAGAGCUAUACAUAAAAUAUUUAAAACUACAACAGUUAGCAUUCAAAACAGGUAGCAAACAUCUACCUUCAAAUAUAACCAUCUCCAUUGAAGACCCUUGUUUUGUUUCUCCUCUAAUAGAGAUAUUUCUGGAGGUGUAGCUAUUCUUUUUAGGUUCAGUAACAUUUUCAGUAUUCCAAACCCAUAGGUGCAGCUUGCUCUGUUUGACUCUUCCAGCUGUCGAAUUGCUACGAGCUGCAGAACUGGGUGCAAGUUAAAAAUAUAAACUUUGAGUAUACUGGUUUCACCAUUGUUAACAGAAAAGCCAAUAAUUCAAAUGUUAAUCUCUGACAACAAAUCAUGGUAAUUUUAUGACUUCUUACACUACAUUUCUCACGUAAUGUAAAGUGUGAAUUCAUAACAUUUUCUUUUUUAAGCAGUACACAAAAUGAACAACAUCUAAAGAGUUGCUGCACUGCCCCUCAACUUUGCCCACCCACGCAUGGCCUUAUCAAAUUUAAGUCACAGUUGCUUGCCCAUGCAGUUGAUCGUCCAUUAAACGUAAUCACAUGGACUUAUGCUCCUUGUAAUCCACUGCACUUACGACUUUCAAAUGUAGUCUGGUGUUGCCACCCCUAAAGCAGUCUCAAUCCAAUCCUUACAGUUGAACAAUGUGCCAAGUGCUAUCAGAGUUGGGUCCACUCUUUCUACCUCCAGUAAACUCUUUGAAGACAUAUCUCUUCCUUGAGCAUCUCCUCUGUUGGCACUUGAGUGCCUUUCUGUAACACAUUACUUCAAGCUCGCCUACUGUACCAAGGCUGUAAUGUUUAUGGUAGUAUAAGUGAAAUGUACACAUUUUACAUAAAACAUGUAUUUUUGCACCUAUUGUAUAACUAUUUAAUUAUUACCAUUUAAUGCACUACAGUAUCACCUCUGUUUCGUAUUAAAAUACACUUUACACACAAUUCUGAAGCCUGGAGAUCAUGUGUCAACAACAAAGACUGUGAGCACAAUUCUAUCGGUCACUCAAAUAUUCCUCUAAAUCAGUUUUGCCAAUCUAUGAACACAAUAUGCAUUUAGCUCACUUUUUUCACCUAGAAACACUGACCUUCAAAAUGCACCACCCUGAAUAAUAACUAGCACCUGUACAAACUCAAUUUUGUUUGCAGUGCCUCGUUGUGCUCAUUUUUAAGUGGAAGCAACAUUUCACCCAAACGACAAAAAGGGAAACUUCUCUCCACACUUGUAUGCGUUUCAUUAAUGUAAUAUUGAUGUCAUGAAGCCAAAGCAUACAUGAACACUUUUGAGGGUCAUGUUCUGAUUUCAUUCGAUGCAUAAGCAUAUAUUACCUGUGUGUUUUGGUGUAUGGUGUAUGGAAUGUUGUUUUAUUUGAGAGAGAGAGAACACAUGGUUUUAAUUGUUUCAUUUUGCAAGACACUUGCUGAGUUUUAACAAAACAGAUUGUUUCUAAAUGUCUGGGGAAAACUAACAUGGCGCAGUAAUCAUUUGCAGAGUAAUAUCUAUGUUGAGUCUCUAUCUUUCUUUAUGCAAGAGGUGUUGCCAAAAUAGUGAUCUUUUUUUGUUUCUUUUUGAGGUCCUGAGCCACAAUUUCUGAAAAUUUGUUUGUGAAAACUUGUAAUAAAGAGAGUGAAUGCUCUGUAACAUGAUUUAUAUCAACAAUACAUUCAGCAUCAACGUUGAAUUAUAAUGAUAUUGACUGACAAUUAUAAAAAUUACUAAAAUACGGCCUAAUAUCCAGAAAAAUAACAUGUUAGCACAAUUUUCUUUUAAUCUUUUAAUUAUUUGCAUAUUCAUCAACCUAAAUAAAGUAUAACAGAA